AUGGCUCAGCUUCCGACGAAGUUGCCCUUCUCCAAGAAGCGUCUCGCCCCUCGGAUUGUUAUUUCAUAUAUCCUUGACUAUGUAUUCAUCAUUGCAUUUGCUAUUGGAUUCUGGGAGCUGGAUUUGAUUGAGCCCUUUCACCAACAUUUUUCCUUGGACAACAAAAGCCUUCAGUAUCCCUACGCGGUCAAAGAGCGAAUCACCAUCCAGGAAGCAAUCCUCAUCUCAUUGCUCGCGCCACUCGUCAUCAUCAUCUUCUUCACGUUGGUAUUAGACGGGCUUUUUUCCCACCAUAAGCCUUCAUCAUUAUCGCCGUCAACAAGUGAUGGGGUGUCUGGACGACGACGACGAAGAAGGAAGCUUAGGGGCCCUUACAGGUUCAAGGAUCGACUAUGGGAAAUGAACUGCGGCAUCUUGGGCUUGUUCCUCGCUCAAGCUAUGGCAUUUGUCAUUACGCAGAUUCUCAAAAAUGCCUGCGGAAAACCGCGGCCGGAUUUGAUUGAUCGUUGUCAGCCUGCGCCCGGCAGUCAUGAUGCUCCUAUUUAUGGGCUGUCUAAUUCGACCAUAUGCCAGGGAGACCCCAAGCUUAUCAAGGAUGGGUUUCGUUCUUGGCCUUCAGGUCAUAGUAGCUCCUCCUUUGCCGGCUUGUUUUAUCUCUCACUCUAUCUCAGUGGGAAAAUGCAUAUCAUGGACAAACGCGGGGAGGUCUGGAAAACGAUCAUCGUCAUAGUUCCCUGUGUUGCUGCUUCCUUGAUAGCUGUGAGUCGAAUAAUGGAUGCCCGCCAUCAUCCAUUUGAUGUCAUUACUGGUUCCUUGUUGGGUAUUCUCAGUGCUUGGAUAGCGUAUCGGCAAUACUUCCCAUCUUUGUCCGAGCCAUGGAAGAAAGGAAGAGCAUAUCCGAUCCGAAGCUGGGGUACAGAGCCCGCUAUUCCACCACAAGCAGUCUAUAACGACCAUGAGGAUGCCUUGCCUCUUCGUAAUGAUGCCGACGGUGUCGCUGGCGGCGAGCCAAUCUAUGCUCAGGGCCAGCAGCUGGCUACUCACUCAAGUCAGCAAAUCUCGGGUCAGUCUGUGCUUCAGCAACAACAAAGUUUAGCAGCUGCUGUUGGCAGCAAUACACGCAGGGAUAGAGACAGUUAUUCCUCAUCGUCGAGCGAGGACGAACCUGUCGGCUAUGAGAUGACUGCCCCUCGUGACCGGAGACGUCCCAAUUUUGCGAGCCCACCACCAGCAGUAGCGUACCAACCGUAUGAUACUACGUAUCAUUCCUCUAACCACCUGGAUAGCCCGCCCAACGUUGUCGUUGAGAGUGGAAUUGGGAUUGGACAGCGGCAACUAGCGGGCGAGGUGUGA